AUGAUUCAACCAGUUCUCAAAGAAGAUUGGUGUCCUGUCUAUGCUGUUACAACAGAGGGAAAACCUAUCUACGCAGAUAAAAUAGAUGGCCACUUCAUUUGGGAUGUUGACCCAACAAGAUGUGACCCAGAUUGUGACUGCUGGAUGCACGAUGAUGAUAUUGACAGAGAUAUCAUUCUUCCUAAAACAAAGAAAAAGGGAAGGUGCAAACCCUCGCCACCUCCUCAAAGGAGAUCUGAUCCAGACAAUGGGCCAUGGGUAGGAAUCCAUGGAAAAAAGAAACCCCUCUGUAUCUAUGAGGAAGGACUAAAAAUCCUCAGGAGAGAAGGAUUGUUACCACCUGAUGAUCUGAAUCUUAUUACAUGGUCACCAACAGACCAUUGUAAACCGUUACAUCCCCCAGCUGUUGCUCAGCCAAUUCCUUGCUUUAUGUAUUCAACCACAACUUCAGAGUACAAACGAUAA